AAUCUCAAAAAACGAUUUUCUACAUAAUCCAUUAAUUGCAGAAGUCUUCUCUCUCUCUCUACCCUCAAACAAAGUAUGGCCCUUUAUCGUUUCUUCAUCUCAAUCGUCUUCUUCUCUCUGACCCUCUUCACUACGACGACCCAUUCCCUCUACGAACCCGACCCGGAUUCGAUUUCCACCGUUUACGAACUUCUUCCAAAGUACGGUCUCCCAAGCGGUCUCUUACCGGACUCCGUCACCGAUUUCACCCUCUCCGACGAUGGCCGAUUCGUUGUUCACUUGCCCAGUUCCUGCGAAAUUGAAUUUGACUACCUCGUUCACUACGACAAGACUAUAUCUGGCCGUAUCGGUUACGGCUCAAUCACCGAACUCAAGGGUAUUCAGGUGAAGAAAUUCUUUAUUUGGCUCGAUGUCGAUGAAAUCAAGGUCGAUCUUCCGCCAUCUGAUUCCAUCUACUUUAAAGUUGGGUUUAUCAAUAAGAAGCUUGAUAUUGACCAGUUUAAGACUGUACAUUCGUGUCACGACAAUGGUGUCUCUGGUUCGUGUGGUGAUUCAUGGAAGAGUUUCCUCGAGAAAGGGCAAGGAAUGAUGGAUGAAGCGGAAAUGUUAAUCACCGAGUAAAACACUCUUUGCAAUCACAGAGUCUGCAACAACACGCAGAUAGAGUUGAGUCUCAAGUCAAGUUUGUACAUAUAAAUACAAUAACUGGACAAGUCUUUUUAUAAGACUUGGUAUGAAAUGUUGAUAUAUCCAUUAUGUACGUCUUGUUAAAACUGGUUCCACAAAAAUGUUGUAUCCCGGAGUUCUUUCCUCACCACCAUAGUAGACUCUGGCCGUUAAGUUCCUUACUA